AAAAAUAUCCUUUUGCUUCCGUGGGCUGAGUUUCGAAAACGCAAAUCCUCGCCAGGCCCCGAUCUGAUCAUUCCAUGGUGGAUACGAAGUAGAACGGGUAUCACAGUUCCUUUCUUUCUGACAGUGCCUGCCCGGACUGUUUGACAGGGAAUGUUUUGAUGGUGCAGAAGGAAUCGGCAGCGUUUGACAACUUUCCGAUGAUGGCGAAUGGAACAUCGAGUGGUGGAACGAGUUGGCUCGAAAUCAAAUCCUACCUGCGAGCGCUGCAAAAAAAGGUCUUAGCUCUGGAUUCUCGAAAAGUGGUACUGGGAAGGAAGGAGUAAAUUUUAUUUCUAGGAUGUGAUAUGAAAGGUAAAUGUUUCAGUCAAUGUUUUCGUCAAUAUCGCCGCGUAUGUUGCUGUCUGACAGUUUUCCAACAAAUGUGCGUCACAAGGUAAACAUUUAUGUAUCGUGGAAUGAUGUUUCUGUGUAUAAAGAGCUGAAUAAUUCAAUUUUUUUGCUAUCUAAAUUUGGAAUCAAGUUCUUUUAAGUAGUGUAACAAGUUGUGUCCCUUGUUCGAGUUUGAACUUCACAUACAUACACAUCAAGAAUUUGUGUUUUUCUUGAAUUUCAUCCAAAGUCACGUUUCUGCUCAAGUUAAAAAGAUGGAGUAUUUUUAAAUCUGUAGUAGAGUUCUGUGAUAUUUUAUUAGGUUUAUAUUCCAAAAAUGCACAACUAUUAUAGUACAGAAUUAUGAAUUCGAGGUCAGCUUUUGGAUAAGUUUGGCAGAGUAUAUGAUAAGCAUCAGUUCAUCGCCUUCAAUUCCCACCACCAUCAGUGUAUGCCUCCAUAUAGCAACGGUGCGGUAAACCAGUUGCAUAAACUAUCGAUGCGUCGUGGUGGACCUCCAGGCGCCGGGACUACAACACCCUUGGCGCUGCAGAGGUCAGAGUUUGAGGAUUUCGCCAAUGCCUACCGACCGACGUUGGACGUGACAAGAGCCUCUAGACCAGAACCUCCAAAGCCGACAGAAGAUCCAAAAGGAGAUUUUGGACGUUCCAUCAAAAAACUCAUAAAACGUCCGCAAGGUUCCCCGAGUGUUCAAAACAAAAACAAGAAAAGUAUCCAACGGACGCCCACCUUGGCACCUUCAACUAGUGGACAUCAAGAAAGGGAAAGGAGUGUAACUAGUGAUGUCAGGCCAAUAUCGGAAAAGAAACCUAAAAGGCCUUUAUCGGCUAACAUUGAAACAACUGUUCAUCCUCCCCAACCAAAAACUAGCCUAGGGCCUUCAAUGAUGCCUUCGAUGUUGGACACAAAUCUUGCCAAACCUGAAGUUCCUCUACCUCCACAGCAGUCGCCGGUUUUGGCACCUGGACCAAAAACUUCCAAACCACCGGUUAAGGUACCCAAGAACGAAAGUAGCGAUCACCUCAAGUUACCACCACCUGAGAGUGCAACUGCACCACCUGUAGUUGUCCAUCCCCCAGCCAUUACAAAACCCAUUCCGGCCAAAAAGAAAGUGUCAAUCCAGGAGGAUAACAGGAGGUCAGGAACCGAUUUCUCCUCUGACGCCCACUGCCUAAUUAUAUCCGGGAACAACAUUGGUCGAUUCUUGCCACCACGCCACAAUCCAGAUCCCAUCCUGAGUAUGCGGGUCAUACCCAUUCCGGAGAGAAAGUACCAAGUCAUCCUGGAGUUCGAGGAGAGCCCCGAACCGCCCCAGAGGACCACUUCUUCCUCGGGUAUGAUGGUCGCCACCCCAGAUGUCUAUCCCUCUUCGAGGGACCAGAUGCACCUCUUCUCGUAUCUGAGAGAGUCGCACGUCGCUGCAGUGGGGAUGCUCCUGGGUAAUGUGGAAAGAAUAACUGAUUUUCCAUUUGUGACAUAUUUGGUGGUGAACGGCGGGCGGCACGAGCUCUCUCAGAAGUUGCAGGGCAUAGAUUCGAGACAGAUUCCGGAAAGUUUAAGGCGACGGCUUUUUCUAGCUGGGUAUGAGGAACCCAUAACCAUCACCAAACCACCUCUGACAUUCCCUGAAAAACCAUCCUCUGAAAAAACAGGUUACGUAGUCAGCCUUUACCAAGUCCUGCCAGGGGAAGACGGCCUGAAGUUUGAACAGAACUGGGUGAUGUGGACUGGUGCGAGACAACUCUACCGAACAGCCCCGGACUACAUGGGUUUGAAAAGGAUAUCUGUCCACAAAAGCAUUCUUCCAACCAAGGUCAUCAACUACUGUCUGCUUUGCGAGUUCUCCAACAUCAUGGACCAUUUAACGGACGCUUGUGUCAUGAUAGAUCAUCUCAGGGCAAGGUGUUGUGGAUUCACUGGAAUAUACAGGAUUCUGGAUUCGUUAUAGCCAUGAAGAGUUAGAAUAUUGUUGCAAUCUAGUCACAACCAUACAAGGUGAUGGUGAAAUUGUUCUGUGAUUAGUAAUGAAUGCUUUCCUAGUACCAUGUGAUCUCAAUGGACCUGAAGUUUUAUUACUGACUAUCAUUUCGGGAAGAUCUGACUGUCUCUCUACCACAAUAACCAGCAUAAAUAGGAAAUCUGUAUUAAUACUUUACAUCGGAAAAAUCAUCUCUCUUCAUUUUCAGUGAUAUUCUGGUGAAAACUGCUCAAUUUUACUUGCAAUUUAGCAAUAGAUGGAAGCACUUUUAUGUUUCCCAGUUUGUAACAGAAUGGCACAACACCUGACAAUGAAGAUCUCUUAUUUUUGUUAGUUAUUAGUGGUAGACAUAACAUGUCAUGUAAAAUAUGUUUUCAUUGAAUUCAUAGGAAAGUGUGGUCAAAUCUCGAUACAUUGUCUCAUCUUACCACUCGGUUCAGUUUUAACUGCCUAUUAUAAAAUUCCCUGUUAACGUAUGCCAAGCAUACUCAGAAUAAGAGUAGGCAAGUAUAUAUGUAAAGUUUCUGGUAAUUUCAUAUUAUUACAUACCUUAUAUAUCUUCAAAAGUAUUGUAAAUUUUUAUUCAUAAGUUACAUUACCAUUCAAAACAUAUUUGCAUUUCAUACUGAUUUUGUUAAUUGUCAACAUUUAUAAAUCUCUAUCAGCAUCGGGGACUAUAAUACUUUGAUAGGCAAAUUUUCAUGAAAAUUUUAACAAUACUCGAUAAGGUUAAGAUGCGUCCCACCGAGGACAUCUCAGAAAUAAGGAUGGGAAGUUGCCUUAAAAAUAAGAAGGAUCUCUUUUCCCUGGUAUGCAUAAUACUUGAGUGGAGUUGAAUUACUUCCAUGCCGUUAUCUGGUCGUACCUUCUCGUGGAUGUGGAUAUAUAGGAUACGCCGCAAUGGUGGCCAUUAUACGAUCUGAGUGCGUUAUUUAUUGGCUAUGUAUUUUUAUAUCAUUGCUUGAUUGCUCUCUCUAAACCUAUUCUUAUUGAUUGCUCUCUCUAAACCUAUUCUUAUUGAUUGCCUACUCUAAACCUACUUUUAUUGAUUGCCUACUCUAAACCUACUCUUAUUGAUUACUCUUCUAAACCUACUUGAUUGCUCUCUCUCUCUCUCUCUCUCUCUCUCUCUCUC